GCAAUAAAAAAUUGGACAUCAAAAGCAAAAACACUAACACUUCAACUUUCUUUUUAAUGUCAAGUUUUGAUGGCAAAUGGCUGAGUAGAACAUAUUUGAUUGCAAACAAUGUCAAGCCUGAACGCAAAUUCAUAAUUUUAAAUUCUCUUAUUUACAACCGUAAUGGAAGAUAUGAAAAAUUCGUCUGAUUUAGAAGAGGAUGCAGAAUUAGAAGCUUUACGAUUAGCAGCUUUAGCGACACUCAAAAAUCGUAGUAAUAAAGUCAUUGAGCCUGAUGUUUCUACUGUUAGUCAAAUUCAGCCAAUCAACAGUAUAACAAGAUCUGGUGACAAUUCAUCUGAUCAAGGAUCUCGUAAAAGUCAGCCUUCCUGGCGCAAUAAUGCUCCACUUUUAAGAAAGCGUGGAAAACAUUUUCCUAAACCUAAUCAGCGAUCAUCUAAUUUGAUUGUCAUCACUCCCGUUGGGGCUGAUAAAGAAAAGCCUCAACAGGAAAAUAAAAAUGCUCUUCAAUUAUUGCUACCUCAGCAUAGGUGGUGUCAACAAGCUAAUGAAGAUUCUUCUUCUCCACGUACAGAACGGCAUACAGGACCUUCAAGAUUCAACAGACGUGGUUCGGGGUCUGAGAGUAGUGAUUCUGAUUAUGAUGAAAGUGAUGAUUCUUACAGCAAUGACACUGUUUUACAAGAUGAACAUUCUUUAUUGUCUCUAGCAGAAACGAAUGAUUAUGAAGAAAAGCUUCAAAAUGGUUCAAACUCUGAACAAGCAACAAAUUUUGUAAACUCUGAACUAACACCAAAUUUGUCAAACUCUGAGCGACAGUUGAGUUUUCAAGAUUUUGAGUCUGAACCUGCUAUAGAGGAUGAUAAGAGUGAAGCGCCAUCUGUGUAUAAUAUUUUAAAAACUACUUAUUCGCCUGUUGAAAUUAAAACCAGUCAAAACAGUACAGAUACCUAUUUGCAUCAGGAACCUAGUCUUCCUGAUUCUAGUGAUUGUAAUCAUAAUUUGAAAGGUGAUGUUCAAUCUUCUCAUCUUACAUCUCUUAAAGAUGAUAAACCAAUGUAUGGUCUUGCAGAUUCAAAUCUUGUUCAUAAAAAUGGUGAACCUCCUAAAAGUUUCCAACCUAAAAGUAAACACACGCCAAUUACAUUUGAUGUAGUUAAGGAGAAAUCUAAAAGAUCUGUUGUGAAAGAAAAAACUGUUGAAAGGCUGAGAGAAACAUCACAUGUGUUCAAAGACUUGAGAAAUCACAUAGAUAAUGAUAAUAAAUCUUCAGAAAACUCCAAACAUAAAACUGCUUCUCUUUCUAGAAAUGACUUAAGAUAUGAACUUAAAAGAAAAAAAGAAGUUUCUGGCCAUCUAGUCUCACCAAAAAAAUAUAAAACAAAUGCAGAGCAUAACCCAAAUGGUAAUAAAGGUCGAAGUUGGAGUAGGGAACGUAGUGUCAGCAAAGAUCGGAAGAUAAGUAAACGCAGUCGAAGUCGCAGUUAUUCCCCAAAGCGUAGGAGGAGGAGGCAUAGUAGGAAUAGGCAUUCAAGCUCACAAAGCAAUAGAAGUUCCUCGUCUAGCUCUAGCUCAUCGAACACCAGCAGAAGCUCAAGUCCAAUUAGAAACCGUUCUGUUUCAAGUGUGGUCCAACCUGUCCAGUCCAAAAUUGUUGUCACUGAUACUCAGAAUAGUUUGAAAUCGUCUGUUAAUCGGAAACCUAAUUUGUCAUCAUCUGGAACUGAAUUAUUUUCUGUGAAAAAAGCUAAAGGUAUUGAGAUAAAAUUGAAUCCUAGACCCAAUUUUAAAAUCUCAGUCCUUGGAAAAGAUUCACUGAAUAAUUCAUUGGAGGUAAAGAAAAGGGGUCCAGUUCACAUGCGACUGGGUACUUUGCCCCGAAAACGAAUCAUUCAAAUGCCAAAAGCUGUUGAAGCUGCUUUUGUUAGUACGAGCAGUGAUGAUGACACUGAUGUAAAUAAUAAGUGUAAAAAAUCAAAUAUUACUGUUGUAACUGAUUUGUCUGUAUCAAGAUAUUCUGAGAAUGAACUUACUCAAAGAUCUGAUGUGCCAAAAGAUGACAGAGGGAAGUUCUUUAGGUGAUCAAAAUUCAAUGUAACAGGUACCUUGGUACAAGCGACGAUAUUUUGCUACAGUCCCUCCCCUUAUGUCAUAAAUACACUUUACGUAUGUAACUCUCACUCCACUGAAUGAUUUGUGAAAAUGUUAAAUCAACAUGCACUUGAAUGAAAUGCACUGCUUUGGAUGGAUAUAAAAUGCAAAGAAAAGAUUAGUUGCUGCCACAUGUAUGGAGCUAUUAUGUAUUUUUUGAAACAUAUAUUUCUGUAACAUGUAUUUGAGAUUAUUAAAAUUGUAUUAUGAAAUGCAAUACAGUGCCUAUUAUACAACUAGUUUAUUCAAUGCUUAAUCUCUAUUGAAAUGUUUAAUUGCAGUCUUUACAUUUUAUAAAGCAGUGAUGUGUUAAAAAAAAAAAAAUUGAGUCAACUACCAAAUAAAAUGAUUAUAUUAUACACUUAAUAAAUAUUUAUGCAUAAAUGAUUGUAAAGUUGUGGGGAGAGUUUAUUACUUUACUUUUAACUAUAUAUUGUGUAUGAAGCUUGCUAAAUGCUUAAGUGGAUUUAUUCCUAAAUUAUUUCUUCUUAAAUUAUUUCUAUUAUUAUUUAUUUAAAACUAUUUCUUUGUUGUAGACUGAUAAAUAUUAAUGGUGAAUAUUUUUUAUAGCAACACUGAUCCAAGUUGUCUGAAAUCUUAAGGAUUAUCAAUUAGUGUUGAUAAAUUUUAACCUUGAUUAUCUCAAAUCUGUAAUAUAAUAGCUGAAUCCACUUCAGCUCCGCAUGUCUCAUACAUACAUUCAUUUGAUAUUUUGGAGAAAUUUUCCUGUUUUUUUUUUUCCUAAAAUGCCAACUUAACUACAUUUUAUAGCUAGUUGUCUCCUAGUUAUAAAGUUACAGUCAACUAAUAUAUUUUUUUUUAAUUUUUUGAAUGCAUUUCUUCUUAAAUAUUAAACAGAAAUUGUAAGAUACAUCAAAUGUACCAAAACAUUUUCAAUACCAAUAAUAAUUUGUAGGAGUAUAUUUUGUCGUAGUCAUGAAAUAUACACACAUUGAAAAUGUAGUUCUGUAGCAUAUAUAUGGACAUACAAUAACAUCCUCUAGUUGCUAGAUAGGUUUCCUUCAAGCAGAAAAUGCAUUGAAAUAAAUAAUUUUAUUGUUUAAUGCACAAAGGUUUAACAUCUGAUUUUUUGGAAGAUUUUUCAGUAAAUCGUAAUUAUUUGUAUGUCGGAAGAAGAAGAAAAAUCACAGAAGUAAAAUAAAGGAAACUUUCAAUUUAUUUUUAUGAUGUGUAUAUAAAAAUUAUGUCACGGCUUCUAUUAAUGUAUUUUGCGAUUGAAACAGGCAUUUUGAACAGAUGCUUCAUUUUUAUCAAAAACGUUAAUGUGUUAAGGUUUGUUAACAUUUAUCUUAUGUCUGAAACGAAAUAUGUGGCAAAAUAUUGUUCAACUGUAUUUUGUUUGCAUAAAACUUGGUUUAGUUUAAUUUCGCAAAAAUGAUUUCUAUAAUAUAUAAAUAUGACUAGUAAUUCAAGUUAAGUAAUAGUGAAUAUCCAUUUAAAAAUAAUUAAUUUUUAUUUACUUUGUGCAAGAGGGGGGAUGAUAAAUACUUUCAUAUUUAUUCUUUUUAGAAGUAAUAGCUUUAAUUUAUUCAUAAUCAAUUUUGUUUCCUAGUCUUAGUAUUAUUAUUUUUUAAUUGAUGUACAAAUAUCAAUUUAGCAGUUCGAUUUGUAUGAAUGUAUUAUGAAAUAAAAUUGAUCAAAUGUACCCAUGUUUGAACUAUUUGUUAUCUUUUGGUUUCAAUAGAGUUUUUAAUGGGUUUUAAUUUUAGGUUUUAUUGUUUUUUAUUCUUUAGGCAGCAAUUGAGAGUGAAUGCAUAGGUUAAUGAAGUGAUUAUAUGAGCAUUUGAUAGUGCAUAAUUGGAGUAAUUAAAAAUAAUAAAAUAAUUUUAAUACCUGUGUGA